CCCUCGUCCAAUUAUAUACCCCCUAGCACAGCCACCAUUCUCUAUACAAGCCCAAAAUAACAAUACUACAAUAGUAUACUCCCCAAUUCCCUUCCAAUAGAAAAUGGUAUGAAAUGGAAUUUCAUUGUUGAAAACUAGUCAAUGUAGUGGAUUACUUGUCCAUUUUCCUGCUCUUAUAUUUUAUUCAUACAUCAAGCUUGCUUAUGCUUCUUCCCCUCCCUCCUAUUAUUCCCGUCACAUUCCCCUCUUCUUCGUUCCCAGUUCCUACUCCAACCACACCUCAUUUCAAUCCUAUCAUGGAGGUCUGUAGAGAGAGAUAGAGAAGGGAGGAGGAGAGAGGAUUCCUGAGAGGAGCAAGGCAUGGGAGAGGUGAAGGAGAAGGUGGUGGUGGAGAUCCUUGAAGACGAUGAGAGGAGAUCUUCGGGACACUAUGCACCGCCCCCUGCUGUUCUUGACCUCAAUGAGGGCUAUGACGAGGGGAGCGAUGAAGAGGUCGGCGAGGAUGGAGACGACAACGAGGAAGAGGUCGAAGAUGGAGGUAGCACAAGUGAAGUUGCAGGAGAGGGGAGGAGUUCAAGCAACAACAGCAGCACCAACCACAAUUCCGAGAGCAACAAGGAUCAUGACAUGAACAGCAGCAGCAAGGCCGAGGGCAGCGGCGAGAGGGUGCCGACGGUGAGGCAGUACAACCGGUCCAAGCUCCCCCGUCUCCGGUGGACGCCAGAUCUCCAUACGGCGUUCGUCCAUGCCGUUGAGAGGCUAGGAGGCCAAGAGAGAGCAACCCCAAAGCUGGUGCUUCAGAUGAUGAACGUGAGGGGGCUCAGCAUUGCUCAUGUAAAAAGUCACUUGCAGAUGUACAGAAGCAAGAAGCUGGACCACGAGUACGGCCACGAGGGGGCAGCCAUCUCUUCAGUUUUCUCGCCCAUGGACUUCCACAUGAGGAGAGGGGACCAUCGCUUCCAUGACAUGUUCUUCCAGCGAGCUGCCGGCUCGGCCCUCUCCUCCAGGUUGCUGGAGAAUGGCGGGUUCUUCGGGUCAAACGCCGUCUCACCGGAGGCUAGCCGGCUUUAUGGACUCCUCCAACGCCGGCAGGCCACCAUGCAAACGUUUGACUUCAAGAACUACAGUAGCUUCAGGAAUCAACAGUGGAUGUUCAACCAGCAUGCGGCGGUGGCGGCGAGGGCUGCCACCAUCAACGACCAGGGCCCGGCGAAAGGCCUCAUUCACGAGAUGAUCUUCAAGAAGGACGGCAAGCCGACGUCACAUUUGUUCGACGUCCGGGACGCCAUCGCCUCUAACCGGACGUCGUCGGGUGCUGCCAAUCACGGCGGAAGGGCCGGGAGCACUGAUUGGAUCGGUAGCAGCUCCCAACCCCUGUCGAGGACAGUGUUGGCUAGUACCCCCACGAGGUUCGCGCUGGGCAAUCACCAUAUUUUGUCUAGGUGGAGAGGCGUCGUCGGCAGCAACGGCUACCACCCCAACGGCGACGCUAACACGUCGUCGUCCGAUCCUGUGGUGACAAGUGAAGCCCUAGGUGCCCAGUUCGAGAAGCACCUUGAGUCCAAGGCCCCGACCAAAGUGAUCGGCGAGCUGCACACUGGAACCGGGGCGAAGAGGACAAAGACGUCGAUGGAGAACGGCUGGACGCCGGACUUGCAGCUAUGCUUGAGCCCCAACAUGGGAGCAGACGGCGACAAGGCCAAGAGGAAGAGCAUAAGCACUGCGAUAAGUGAGCAGGAGGUGGGCAGCGAUAAGAAGCUGCCACUCUCGCUCUCGCUGUCACUCCUGGGUGGCGACAGCAGUAACAAGGACGGUGGCGGAGAUGCCGUGAGGUUAGAGGCAACGACAGGUAGCAGCAGCAAGAUGGCCGCUAUGGGGCUGAGUACUUUGGAUCUGACCAUGUCGAUCAAGGCAUUGGAGUGAGAUCUUUCAAGUACUUGUCCCAAGGCCUUCCAAAACUUGCACACUGCACCAUGAGAUUAAGUAAUAAGACUGUUAAUUUAAUUUAGGUCUUGUUUGGUAAAGCUACAACUUUAAGAAUUUUUGAAUCUGGUUAUUUUUAAUUAUAGAAAUUUUUAAAGCUAGAGCUGUAGAUAGAUUGAGAGUCUGAUAUCGUGUUCUUAUUUUGGACUGAAAACAUAUAUUUAAACAACUUUAUUUUAUUCUACAUACUUCGAAUCCUAUAUGGAUCUCAGAGCUAGAGUUCUAUCAAAUAAGGUCUUAACCAUACUUCCAGACCAUAUAUAAAUACAUAUAUUAUUGACAUGCACUUAGAUAGGGAUUGUUUCUCUCCAUGUAUGCAUAGUCACAUGCAUGUUCAGUUCAUUUUUUAUCCUGGUAUCACUGCAGAGUAAUGUCAUAUAAAAUGCAAAAAGAAAUACAUA